AUGAUUUUUACAAAUAGCAAGGAAGACUUGGCUCUUAAAGAUAUUUUUAAAGAUACAAUCUCAAUAUACACUUACAAAGAUACUAAAGCAUAUCAAAUAUUUUUUAAAAAUAAAUAUUAUGAAUUUAUUAUAGAUAAAGAUUACCCUACAACACCACCCAUUUCUUCUAUUAAGCUUGGUGAAGAUGUAUUUAAAAAAUAUAAAAAAAACAUAAAUAUUUUUUCGUUUUUUUACGAGUGCAUAAAAAAGGAAGAAUUAAAUCUUGAUAAAUCUGACGAAUACACUUCUAUUAUUGAAUAUGAUACUAUUGACAAAAUUACAGAACAACAAUUUCAGGAUUAUAAAUUAAAACAUCCUACAGUACAUGUACAAAGGGAAGGUCUGAGUGGUAAAGAAAUAUUUUUACAGGAUAAAAUAAGAAAAAAUGUCUAG